GUCUCGUCUGUCGCAAUCCAGUGCAGAUAUACGUGCAAUUACCCUGUCAACAGUGCUUAAAAUCUCUUCUGGUGCUCGUGGCGUUGCAUCACGCACAGUGAUCGAUAACCUUAUACAUCGACCGAUAUACGCGUCCAUCGAGCGUACGACUUGAAUCGCGCGUGAAACGCGAUCCGCGAUAAACGAGAGUAUUUCACGUCUGGUACCGUCGCGGAGCCACGUGAAGGAAAAAUUGAACGUCCCUCCGUCUCGCGGUUCGAAUCGCCGCUGUCGCCAGUAUCGCCGCUGCCUGUCGGAGUAGUCUACGGCGAUCGGUCGGUGGUAGUUGGUACCGCGCGCUGCGUACGAAAGUUGGACGUUCUGGAGACAACGUGUGGUUUAACAGUUCAGUUUGGUCGAAGGGUGGUGGUUUGCCACCCGUCCGCGUACUAUGACUAUCUCGUGAAAUCGGUGAUAAUUAUCUGACUAAGUCGAUUUCCAUAAAGAUUCUCAUGUCACUAGACGUGUUCCAUUAAUCAAACGCACAGCCGCGUGUGGAGUGUCGGAGUUUCUGUGUGAACCGAAAGACUAGUGACCGAGAGAAAGAAACGUUUUCACGGAUUCGAGAUGACUCGACACCUGUGGCUAAGAGCAGCGUUCGCUUUCCUCGUGAUGUCAGGUGCGAGCUGCCUGCGGGAUGUCAGCCUAGAAGUAGUUCCGGAGGUAGUGCAACGUGGUCAGAAGGUGAUUCUGCGCUGCCAUUACGAUCUCGAGGAGACACUUCUUUACUCCCUCAAGUGGUACCGCGGCAACCAUGAGUUCUACCGCUACAUGCCCAGCGAGAAGCCGGCCACGAAGGUCUUCAACAUUACCGGGAUUUACGUCGACACCAGGAACUCGAACGAGAGCCAGGUCACGAUACGCGACGUCGACUUCGCCCUCUCGGGUACGUUCACCUGCGAAGUAACAGCCGACGCACCCACCUUCUCCACGGCCUCUGUCUCCAAGAACCUCACGGUAGUGUCCCUGCCCGACGGUACGCCCAUUAUCGUAUCGGAACGCGAACGUUACGACGUGGGAGACACUUUGAGGGCGAAUUGUAGCUUGCCACCCUCGAAGCCACCGGCUGAUCUCUCAUUCACUCUGAACAAUGUGGCGGUGGAGCCGGACAGGAAACACCAACCGCAACUGUACCCACAACACAGGUGGGAUCACAACAACGCGGCUCAUGCCGAUCAGCUGGAGAGCUUCCAGUGGAUCGAGAUCAGCGUGAACCUUCAACCGUCCCAUUACUCGAACGGCCAGUUGAAUUUACGAUGCAGCGCACAGAUUCGGGGCAUAUAUUCGGCGAUAAGCGAGGUGCAACUUGGGACCGGACUGCGCGAACCUGUGCCGGAGAGAGUGACCUCCGAGAACGGAAGCUCGACGCCUACCGGGAUGUAUUUGACGAUGCUGAUGCUGUGCAUGCUCCCGUUGUUUUUGAGAUAGUCACGAUGCGCCUGAGGCCACGAGAAGAGAGUCCACGGGCGUCGCACGAUGAACAGCGCACUAGUCAAAAGGAGGAGGAUGAGGAGCCGGAGGAUAGAGAAAGGAACGACGAUCUAAGGACGGCGACCGAACCGACCGCGGCGCGGCGUGGCGGGAUAAGCAAUUGAUAAUUAUCGUUGAAUCAACAUCGGUAUAAUAAUAUUGUACAUUAUUGUAUUUGUUAGCGUAUUCGGUUCGGCUAGGUUCGGAGAGUCGCGGGUACCACCACUUCCAAUUGUUGUUUACGAGCCCGAGACGCGGGACACACGGUCUAUUCAUAUACGCUUAUCUCGACUAUCGGAUGAACGUUUACUCAUCGUAGUGUAAUCAAAAAUGCGUGACGGACCGGUUCAUUCGUUAAUUUGCAAGUAACACCAAGCGUUCCGGUAAAGACAGUCGUUCGCGUUCAAGCGAUGCUCAAUACAUAGUGUGAUUCCGUGUUUGGUAAGUACUUAACGAACAGACGGCUGAAUCAAACGAUCUUUCGUAACACUUGUAAAGCCAUACGUUAUUGGAUGUAUUAUUUAAGUUCGAUCAAAACUGUUAAUCGAUUAUUUGUAUGCAAUAAACAAUUCUUAAAAACAAUAUAACUAGACUAUAAAAAUAUGAUAACAGAAUCAUUACUAUUUCAUUUGAUAGUAAAAUACUCAGCCGUAUAACAUAAAUUCUUAAACGAAGAUACGUGGAUUUAUGCAGCUGACAAGAGCAGAAAGUCCGCUCUACUAUUCCGCGUGUUCGGAUUAGAUAAAAUCCGCGAGUUAAACCAGCGCAAUUUUUAUAUUGUACUUUGAAAAAGAAGGCAAGCCCGUCGUUCGUGAUACGUAAAACUUUUUAUUAUACCCCACGGAACAGAGCAAACUGUAAAAUUAGAUAGACGUCGUUUCGCCAUUUCACCGCAGAAAUUUCUGACCUCGUUAUAUCGCUUCCGCCAAGCAUACGUUUCCACUUGGCAGGAUCACUGCUGCAUUACAUGCAACACAACGGAUCGUGCAUACGUAUUCUUUACCGAUCUCUAUUGACGAGUCUGCCUGAGAAUAAACAUAAUUGGCCGCGAUAGUACACGUAAUACCGAGACAGGACUUUUGAGGAGCGUAGAGCCCCGAGCAGCGACCUAGAGGUCCACUCGAGCACGCGUCCCUAUUUCGUCCUCGAACACGGAGAGGACGCGAUCGAACAUCCUGCCAUUAUUCCAACUAAAGAUGCGUGUCACGGCACGCUGCUCUAUGUCAUUCCGCCGCGUCGUGUCUAUUCAACCAUUGUUCGCUGGCCAGCGUGUGAAGGACCCGGGGAUCGAUCCUGCGAUUUUGAUGCGAAUAAGGGGCUGGCCAAGUGGCGCUCGCUGUCCGUGAUUCCCCCGACUCUGACUUCUUUCCCGUAGUCUCCUCCACGCGCGUUACCUAGAGAGGAAAACGCUACGGAAGUUCGUAGCAAGGUAAGUGUCCCAAUUUCUGUUCACGUCGCAAUUUCUACACACUGGUUUAUUUUUCUAUGAGUUUAAGAUAACACAUAAAAUUAUCGGAAAAUACACCAGCGAGUUGAAGUUGUGACGUGAACAAAAAUUGCGGGCAUUUACUUUAGUCCUCUUGAAAUUUUGUUUCAGGAACGUUUCGUACUUUACUUUAAAAUCAAUGAGAUACACUUUGGAAAUCGUCUUUUGCUAUUCCGUUCUCAAUUCUCGAUGUAAACUGAUAACUGUAAGUUGCAUAAAACGAUUUUCAAUUAAUUCAUCCCUUAUUAAUGAGCAUGAAACGGAUUUCUUUAUUUUGCGCAGCUUCGGAGUUGUACUUCUAAUGUUACUUAAAAACCCUGUACAAUAUUAGACGUAGAAUCUAUGUAAAAUGAAAAGCGAUAAAAUCAAAGUGACAAGUGCACUGAUCUCUAUAGAAGUAGAUUGGCAUGGUUGGCGUCUUAAGAAAAUGAUCCCAAUUCGAAAUAAUUCAUUUUUCUCACACGCACCGAUAUUUUUCUAAUUUUCAGUCCUCCUCACAGCCAUAGCUCGUGAAAGUCGACCUCACGUACACACCGUUCCAUCACUCUGUACAUCAUCGUUCUCGAGAUCAGUUCAGUUACCAAUCCGGUUUUCAUGGUUAAUAACUUUGUAAUAAAUAACCGUAAAUGGAUGAAACUUCCGUUGUUCGAAACUGAGAAACCUUCUCUUUAAAAUACCGUUCGAUUCAUCUCGAUUCAAUUUCCGAUUCUGGAGAUAUCUUCGUGUGAAGAGAACUAUAAUUUUUUCGACGCCGCUGUUGUCCUCCUCGCACGUUGACCGACUCCCGGUCUAGACAGCCAGCUGAUACUCGUAACUAGGUCAUUGACCUGUGCCAGUAAUACCGAACACUGCGCCUGAACUUUGAAAGCUUAUAUCUCCGGAACGGAUUGAGAUAUUGGGAUGGAUCAAAAAUGAUUUUUUUAGUCUUGAUUUCUUAUAUAAAGUAAGGUAUUUCAGUCGGGGUUAUUGCCAUUAUUCAGUGUUCUACAGAGAUCAGUGGACGGGCAUAAUCAUAAAUUGUAUUUAAAUACCAAACGCGCUAAGGUAAGAAUAUGUUGGACAAAUGGGUCGUGAGACGUGGCAUGAAAACUUCCUGAAAAACUAACUACUACCGUCUCGUAUUUCUCCUGACCCGUUCAUUGGAAUAUAUUUCACGUUUGCCAGUGUAUAAGUUGUGUCAACAAUCAAGAAUCUCUUCCGUGCAAGACUUUUCGCGGAAUACGGAAGUUUACCGUGAUAAUACAGCUGGUCAGAGGAACGAGAAAUCGAUAGCUCGAGGAGGGAAACCGUAAUAUCCAGUCUUUGCGGCGAGAUUAUUUAAAAUGUUCAACAUUACUUUUUCAGCGAAAACAUUUAAAUAAUUUUAAUUCAAAAUUCAAACACGAAAGGCUUCACUAUCCUAAUUAUUAUUUUUGCUUUUACAAUUUGUAAGUCGUUAAAGAAUGCGACUCAGAUGUUAUACAACGAAACACGUUUCAUUUUCUGUCUCAUUCAGGGAAAGAAAGAACGGUCGCGGGUGAGAAUAAAAUGCAUCGGACAAAUGACCCUUUCUCUAUUAACCAAAAACGCGGCAUCACGCUUGCCACACCGGGCGCUGUUUCCUAAAUUCAGUUCUCAUUUGUACAAUUGUGUGUAUCUUUCAUCCACCGCCGUAUUCCUGGUAUGUACCGCGAGCGGGUUACAAAUGUACACGACUCUGUAUAGGGUUUCCGGUAGAUCCUGAGGUAACUUACUAGUAGAUAUUUUUCCGUGAGAAAAAGAGUGCGGAGGGGGGCCGAGAGGAGAGAAAGUGGAGAAUGAAUUUUUGUAAGUGUACGUGCGGCUUUGCGAGAGAAACAGUGUUGAAUGUGAAGCCACUAUGGGUUUACGGAAACAUGGAUAAAACGUAGAAUAGUCACCCCAAGAGAAAGAAUACUCUGAUAUACGUUCGGCUUACGAGGAAGUAAUGCUACGAUGUUGUAACGAAUAGCUUGUAACCAUGUUACAUUAUUCGAAGGAAUCAUUACUUUUCAUAUUUCGUUCGAGGUAUCGUUUGCGAGUUGUAUUAUGGGAUGAGGUGGCAAUGCUACGGAGUUUAACGUUCGGCUAAACGACGUCUCGAGAUACCAAAGAGGUUCGUUUCUUCUUAUUACUUAUAAAACUACGCGUUACAUAUUUUUUUAGCGUAAAUAGUUGCUUUCCGAAUGGUUGUAUGUAUAAAAACGAAAACAAUACCGAAAUUGUUUGUUACAUUAAUAACGUUUAAUUUAAUUUCACAACCAUUGUUACAAGUAAUAACUUCUUGUACAAAUA